AUGUCAUAUCGAUCAAAGAUAAAAGAGAAAAUAAGCACUUACCAAAAUGUCCAGGAUAGCGUUAUUGGGCUAGAAAAAUUAGGUUUUUUAAGCAGACUCAAUCUAUUACUUGAAGACAUCAGCUCUUCAUCUCUUAAUCAGAACCCCAAUUUCAAAGAGGACUUGAAAAUCAUUAUUAAUAAUGCUGUCGAUAUUAUCUGAACCUCCUCUAGCGGGAUAAUUCGAGAUGAAUCAACCCAGCCAAGUCCAGAUUUAAAAACUCAAAAUUCAACAGAGCCGAAAACUCCUGAAAAAAAAUCUCCAGGGUCCCCGUUACCAAUUUUUCGAUCUGCUGAUUUAUAUGAUGAUAAUCAUUGGUCAAGGUCAAAGUUCAUUCCAUUAAAUAAAAGCUUCUCAAACUUAAAUAUAAUCCAAAGCCGAUCCAUCAGCCAAAAUACGCAGAAAUAUAACUCUGAAUUUAGCCACAUAAAUAGUCCUGGGACUUUUAGCAAAGAAAAGAGGAAGUUAACGGAAUCAAAGGUUUCCAGCCCAGGUCCUGGGUAUUAUGAUUAUAAUGAACAAAAAGUUAGAAGUAAAUCUCCAUGUGCGGUCAUUCCGAAAGGAGGCAAACGAAUGGAUUUUGCGAAAAAAACAGAAACACCUGCGCCGACAGACUAUUGUCCUUUGAGAUAUUUUCUAUCAAGACCUAUUUAA